AUGCAGCAAUAUAAAACUUUUAGUCUGUAUUUUUUACUUGUAUGCUUCUUUUUACUUAUUACUAAUUAUUAUGGACAAGAAUAUCAUAAUCACAAUCAUCAUUCUACAGAUUUAACAAUAUCCGAAUGUUCUAAAACAACACUGAUUGCUGAACCUUUUACAAAACAUAUAUUAGAAACUACGAAUGCAUAUCAAGUUAAUAUUGAAAACAAUAAUAUAUUUUCUUCAUCUAUUCAACAAUAUAAUGAUAAUAAACAUAUUUAUGAUAGAUAUCAAACUAGACAAGAAUAUAUCCGUAGAUUAAAUAAACUUAUAGAAGAUCAAUAUAAUAUUGAAAAUGAACAUGAUUUCAAUAAUCAUCUCCCUUCAUCAAUAUCAUUUGGGUUGCCUAAUGAUACAUCGUUAACGAAUCGAAAAAUACAAGAUGACCUAAUAGAAGUAAUCAAUAAAACGGACACAAUAUCUUCUCUUUCUCCAUCAAAACAAAUACAAAUCGAUCAACAAUCAUACUUAGCCAAUAUGAAAAUUCUUCAAAGAAAAUCUAUAUCUUUUGUAAAAACACAAUAUCAUCAACAACAAUUAGAUACAAUUUCAUGUCAUCAAGUAGAACAAGAUGUUUUGAAACCUUCCGUGUAUUCUUUUCAAAACGAACAAUAUUUUAAUACAGUAAAAUUAAUUAAAAGUACACAUCGUUAUCUUCUAUUUCUUGUUCAAAUAUUUCAGAAUGAAAAUGAAUAUAAUUCGGUGACUUCAAAAUUAAAUAUUGAAUCAUUAACUUCAGUAUCAACUAUUAAUACAGAUAGAAUAUUAAUAGAAAGAAAUCAACGAAUAUGUUGGCUUUUACCGAAGAUAUUUCCGUCAAGUUUCGAAUUUCUGAAUAAUCAAACCUUACAUUUUAGUAAUCUUUUACCUGAAUUUAUGCAAACUAUUCUAUUUGAACAUAUAGAUGAUCAUGAAAUAUUAAUUAAUACAAUAUGGUUUAAUUCAAUAUAUAUAAUAUGUUUUCUAUAUAGUUCAUUAUUUGUUUCAAUAGUUAUUAAACAGCGUAGGAAAAUCAAAUACGAAAAAGAAAUUCUUGUUCAGUGUCAACAAUAUAAGGAUCAAAUUGAAUUUGAAUGUUCUACAUUAGAACGAAAGAAUCAGAAAUUAUUAAAUGAAAUUGAUGAAUUGAACAAUUUAUCCAUCAGUUAUAAAGAUGAUAUUGCUGAAUUACGUGAAAAAUAUAUUCGACUUCAAGAAGAUGUAACAUCAACAUAUGUUGAAUACGAUAAAUUACAAAAAGAUAUGGAUUAUAAACAAUGUUUAAUACAAAAACAUGAAUUUGACAUGCAAAAACAACUAGAAAUAACAACACAUUUAAAUUAUGAGAUAUUUAAACAUCAACAAGAACUAGAAAAAGAACGAGGAACUAUAGUUCGUUUACAAUCUGCUGAUUUGUCAUUAGAACGUUCGGAAAAAUUAGAAGAAAUAAUUCAUCAAUUAAAAUCUGAAAUAACACAAUUAAAACAAGAGAAAUUUGCACAAUUAGAUCAAUUAGAACAAGUACAAGAACGUGCUAAUCAAUUAGAUAUUGAUAAUAAUCAAUUAACUAUUAAAAUGAAACAACUCAAAGAUUUACUUGAACAAAAAGAUGAAACUAUAGCUCAAAUUAGAGAAAAAAUUCUUAAUAAUGAUAAUGAUAAUGAUGAUGAUGAUGAUGAAGAAAAAGCAGCAGAAAUAGAUAAUUUACUUUCAGCAGUAAAAGAAAAUACAAAUGAUAAUGAUCAACAAGAACUUUUAUCAAAUAUUAAUAAUGAUAUUGAAAAAGCUAAUCAACAUAUGCGUAAUUUACAUGCUGAAAUAGAUGAAAAAACUCGUCGUAUUAAAGAACUUGAUUCAUUACUUAAUCAAGAAAAAGAUCAUUGUAAAGAACUUGAAACAAAAUUAAAAGUUGUUUUAGAAUUACGAGAACGUGAUGCUCAUUUACAUAUUCGUCAAUUAGGACAAACUGAUGCUGAAUUACGUAAAGCAAGAACAGAUACUGAACGUGUUCGAAUUUUACAACAACAAUUAGAAUUUAAACAAAAACAAUUAGAUGAUGUACAAAAAGUUCUUUCAAGUGAACAAACAAAAUUUAGUGAAGAAUCUGGUAAAUUACAACAUGAAAUACAUGAAAAAUGGAUGGAAGUUAAACGAUUAACACGAGAACUUGAUGCAGCAAGAAAAGAAUGUGAAGGUUUACGAAGACAAAUUACUAAAUAUGCUAACAAUGAACGUUUAUCUCAAGAGAAAACAAUGCAUAAACCAAUACCACAACAUAUUAAUAACAGUAGUCGAAUGUCGAGUGAACCAGAAACAAAUAAUAGUUCUUCACCACCACCACCACCACCACUUCCAUAUCAACAAGGGAAAAAGUAUGAUAGUUAUCAGUUUUGUUUUUACAGAUAA